AUGCUCAAGACUCGCCGCAAGCUGCUUAAUGCGGCAAUGGUCGGCAAUACGAUUCUGUCAUGCGCAUUGCUAGUGAAUACCUUGUUCUUGUUAACUACGCCUAACAUAGGCUUCAAUGCAGUACUCACUGCCGGUAUUUACGUGGUCUUCACGUUCGUGGCCAUUGUCAUUCUGAACAAGACGCCAUCCGCCUUUUCCAUUGGGUUUCUGGUAGGAGCGUCAGUAUUAAUAUUGGUGAUGGCUUUUCAAGGUGCUCUCUACUGGGGGCUGGAGGCGCACAAUAACCCACGACAACAAACAACUGCAGCUGCUUUGGCUUCUGUUCUCCAUGCUGUGAUUUUCACAGUGCAAGGUGGGGUGACAACUGUCGUAGUCAAGUCAAAGGAAGAUGUCAUCGACACAUACGCGGCGUACGAAUACAUUCCUGAUACCGAAUACGCUGACAACGAUGUGUUAACGAACCUGUCACACACAGCAUCGCCUGUCAAUUACCAGACGACCGUCCCCACCGCUGACAUUUGA